CAUUUGUGCGCUUUCCGCCGUCUGUAGAAGCGGAUACCCACAUCUUUCUGGAUCUCAUGGAUACAUCCGACAGUAAUGCGCUGACUGAAUUGGAGCGCAUCUUAGACAACAUGACAGAGGUUUUAAUCAUCAUGCGUAAUCUGGAUACGUUGGAGAAGGAAUUACGCUAUGAAGGGUCCCAAUAUCGAGACUGUCUUCGAGGAUUGAAGCGGGACCUACCAACCGGUGUUUUAUGUCAAAUGAGUAAUAGCAAAAACUUCCACUAUACACACAUGAUUUCUAUCCUUGGCUAUGCGAAAUGCCUAUUACUAUUGACUGUCUAUGUGGAGGGUAUCGAGCAGAUUAUUGAGGAGAAGUAUUUUGAAAUACCAAAGAGGGCCUUUGCUCGUCUAGAAACAGUUAGUGACAAAAUCCGGAAACAGAUGGCACUUAUCAGUAAGUAACUUAUUAUAGUCCUGAUAUCGGGCCUUGUGUGCGGCUGCUUCGGGCUAAGUCGGACGGCAGCUGGUGGACUUGGAUUUUGCAGCAAGGCAACAGGCGCCUCCUGUCUGCUAAUGACCAUGAUUCUAAUAUUUUAUAUUUACUCGUUCGUUACGCUGGUUGGACUGUUCUACUUGUUCAUCGGUCUGGUUACUUGUGAGGGUGCCUGCUCCCCGACGAGCGACAACGAUAGAAAUACACUCUUUAGGAAGCUGGACGCCGAGCUCGAUGUAAACAGAUUGUUGUCGCCCGCAGGUGGUGAUCUCGUAUUGCCUCCCAUGCGUAUGUCGAAUGCCAUCAGGAACUGCCAGGCAAAUGAGUCCAUCUUUCACAUGCUGCGAGCGAAUAAUCUUUUCAAUGUCGAUGACUUGACACGCCUGCAUAUGUUCCUCAAUGAACCCGACAAAGCGACAAAGUUUACCGACGAUCUAUCUAGGGUCUACCUCUUGACUGAGGAGGAAAAAACGCUACUUCGUGAGAUGCGGGACGGCAAUCUCUCGACCUACCACGCCAGCUUAUACCUACCAUUUCUGUGCCAACAAUAUACGUCCAACCGCUUGUUAGAUAAAAUUCAGGGUAUGAGGGAAGUCGCCGAACAAGUCCUUGACAGUGACUUUAAUUAUUGGACGUACGAAGAUGGCGAAACGCCCGACUCUGCAGGUACCACCAAAGGCACCUACCAUUAUUACUACUGGAAUUGCCACGUGGCCUUUCAUAACUGUCGCGUUGAUGCCGAAGCAUAUUACAACCAAUUUAACGACAAACUAACUGUGACAACGCUUAAAAUGAAAAAAGAAGUUAAGAAGAUCAGUGAGCUUAUUUUGUACGAAAACUUAGAUUUUGGCGAAUCGAUUAAUGUCUUGCUCAACGGGGUACUAAGGGCUGAGAAGUUUAUCCAAGGACGAGGCAAGGAGUAUAUCAACAAUCUUGCCCAGAAUCUUACCGACGCCAUCAACAGCCAGAUCCGCGACUACAUAGAUAUAAUUAGUGAAUCCAACAAGAAUGUCGGACAUUGCCAGCCGCUCGCCUACAUUUAUCAUCGGGGCAUUAAUUACGUUUGUGAGCGCCUGGUGAAUCCCCUAAAUAGCGCCUGGUUGGGCUUGCUGCUGUGCUCCUUGCUCUUCCUGCCGAUACUCUAUGCCAUCGUCUGAUGUGCUUGUACCUUGUAAUAUACCCAGCGGCCACAGUGGAGGAUGCUAAAAAUGGCCACAAAUGUCCAGUCUGCACAGCUCGACCAGAGUACACCCCACGUCAGCCUGGUUCUGAUUUCCCCGUGGGCCUUGGUCGCCCCCCAAGGCAUUUGCAGCAGUACCCGCCAGCACUGGCGGAGAUGCAUGCGGAGAACAUCAAGCGGAAGAGAGAGGAAGGAUACAAAUUUCCCGGAAUGUUCUUCAAAUAUUUGAACGUCGGCAAAAGCUUGGACAGAAACCAUUCCCAGAUUCUUUCUGUUCAUAUUUUUGUUUGUUCAACUCAAUAAAUUCCAUU